UAAAACGUAACGCCGUUAUAUUUACAAAUUCAUUUGUUUUAGUAAUUCUCGUGAUCUUGUGAGAAAUAGAGAAAUUUACAUCAAAAUGUCUUCAGGUGUUACAAAACAACAAGUGCUAUCAAUGUACAAACUUCUCUUGAGAGAAGCUGUGAAGUUUCCAAACUAUAACUUCAGAUCCUACGCUUUGAGGAGAAUAAGGGAUGGCUUCAAAGAGAACAAAGCUCUAACAGAUCUGAAACAAAUCAACCAACAGUAUGACUUUGCUACAGAAAAUCUUAAUAUUAUCAAAAGACAGGUUAUUGUAGGAGACUUAUACAGAACGGAUAAGCUGGUCAUCGAAAAUAUUCAGUAAAUAAUAUAAGUAUAUGUAUAAAACAAAUUAUUUAUAAAAUGCAUAUAAAAACUACACCUAUGUAUGUGCAGCGAACAUUGUUAUAACUUGCACCGUUCUUAGCUCCUGAGGUACUGGAGUUGCUGAAGAGUUUCGAGCCAAAGAUAUUAAAAACAUGAUCAAUAUAUUUCAAUGAGAACUAUUCAGUUGCCCCAGUAUUGUCAUGAGCUAAUGUUCAUAUGUAAACAGCAGCUCAUGUAGUGUAGAGAUUGUCCAGUCAACUGGUAGUAGCGAGGUUGAUUGUCAAAGGUGCCUCAUACAUUUAUAAUUAUAAUUUAUAGAGGCUCUCUACAUGACAAAUAAUAAUUUUAAAUCUAUAACUCUGGUCUAGAUGAUUGUGGAAUAUUUGUAAAUAGACCAUAUAGGAAAAAUACGUCUUUAUAAAAAUAACGGGGUAUGAAAAUUAAAUCUAUUUAGUCCGUCAGUUAAGUAAUGAAAAAAUAAUAGACACGUAUUUUUUUUUCAUUUUGUCGUAUAAGAAAACUAUGCUUAAAUCAAACAGAUCAAAAGUUAUGAGGUAACUACGUCAUUUUUAAGUAUAGAACUGACGUCACGCGAUAUUUCUUAUCAACAUAUCAGCGAAAGUAUUUGUUUCCGUAAGAAAAUAAAGAAUACGUGUCUAAUGUUUUAAAAUAAUCUACAAGACGGACAUUGAAAUAAAAAUUAGUCAUCUACCGCUCUCAGUCAUACUCCCGGCAUCUAUCUCAUUAUAUUUAUUAUCUGUUCUGAGUGACAGAAAAUAAUAGAAGCAAUACCUUUGUGGUUUCUUUAUAAAUAUUUUUCAUCGAUCUUGACGUAAGUAAAGAAUAUCCUAGGUAUGUAUAUUAAGUCUUGUAUAAUUUUACACAUUUUAAAGAACAUUAUUUAAUUUUGUAAUAGUCUCUCCACUGCCGUUUAUUUUAUAUUAUUAUAAACUUUUAUUGUUUUGAAUCAAUAAGGAUUUUUGCGCCGCUAGAGGCGCUGGUGUAGCUUUUAGGCUAUGGAACUAUAGAAUAUUUUGUUAAUAUCAAGUCAAAUUUGGCAUUUGGCAUUUUUUUAUUUGGCAAACAAGACCUUAAACUACAUUGCCGCCAUCUGGUGGCCACAAAUAACGUUAGCCAUCAAUUAUCCGAUCCCUAAAAGGGAGGUAAUGUGUUUGCUCAUGUUAAGUUUGUUAAAUAAUAUAUUAAAAUGACAUUAUAAUAUGUUGUAUGCUAUGCUAUGUAUUAAAUAUUGCAUUUCUGUUAUUUGUAUAGAAAUUAAGGAUUAAAUUCUAGUUUAAAUA